CACCUUUGUAACUUAAGAAACGAGAAGCUUAGAUUUGAAAUCUGGGGACUCAAGGCCCAACUUCUGUUCUUGCCUCAGACGCUGAAAACGCGACCUCAUCUGACGAUAAUUGGCUGAAAAGGGAGCAACUUUGCCAGUGUAACACAACUCUGUUGAUUCGAAUUUUCUGCAUUUGAGGGCGUUCUUGCAUCUUGAUUUAACGAUAUUGUCAUGUUGAGACAAAAGAGGUUUUACACUAAUGACAAACUUGUUAAUCAUUUCAAGCAAAUUCAUGAGCGUGAACAUAAGAAGAGGUUGAACCAGAUAGACUCUGCUAGAGGGAAGAGGAGGGUGAAUUUGGUAGCCAAGUACUCGAUGAAAAUGGAGAAAUAUAAGAAUGCAGCAAGGGAUAUUUUGACGCCAAAAGUGGGGUAUGGUUUAGCUGAUGAGUUGAAAAGAGCAGGGUUUUGGGUUAAGACUGUUUCUAAUAAGCCACAAGCUGCUGAUGUUGCAUUGAGGGAUCACAUGGUAGAUGUCAUGGACAAGAGGAGAGCUGAGUGUGUAGUGCUUGUGUCUGAUGAUUCAGAUUUUGUGGAUGUGUUGAAUGAGGCAAAAUUGAGGUGUGUGAAGACAGUUGUUGUUGGGGAUAUCAAUGAUGGAGCUUUGAAAAGAGUUGCAGAUGCUGCAUUUUGCUGGAGGGAAAUAUUAAUGGGGAAGGCUAAGAAGGAGGCUGUAUCUGUUGUGGGGAAGUGGAAGGACCGAGAUGUGUUAAAGAGAUUGGAGUGGACAUAUAACCCUGAUGCAGAGAAAGAAUAUGAUUUGAAUAGUGAGUCUGAUGAUGAAAGCGAGAAGGAGUUUAUUGAUGGCAUUAUUGAUGGAGGUGAUGCUGGAUCUAUUCAGAAGGAAGAUAUUGGUGCUUGGUGGGAUUUGGACUCUGAUUCUGAUGCCUCUACUUCUCAAUUGUCCGAAUAAUUAGAUGCAGUUAUUAAGUUUGUAACUUGGCAUGAGAUCUUCAUUCUAAUACAUGGUUGUACGAUGCCCUGUGAUACUCAGUCCUUGCCAAUUUGCCAUCGCAGAGAUGGAUGGCUAGGGAGUUUAGGAACAUUUGUUUAGAAAUUCUAUAGACUAUAGGUAGUAAAUCUUCAGUUUUUCUGUAAUAAUUUUAUGAUAUUACAGAAAGUUAAGGUUGAAACUUACUACCGAUCAAAUUAUUUUGGAGCACAUAAAGGUGCUUGGAAUAAAAUGUUAGAUUUGUU